AUGCGGUCCAACCCCCUGCGCAAGCAGGGUCACCUGGGGCAGGAUGGCGAUGUACACAGGCAUCUCUACCUCCAGGAUGUCCUUACCAGUGUUAAUGAGGUGGCAGAAAGAUCUAAGGUGUCCGAGUUCAGCUGCCACAUCUCCGGCUGCUGCCAGGUCUUCGACACACUGGAGGGCUACGAGCACCACUACAACGCGCUGCACAGGAACGUGUGCUCCUUCUGCAAGCGCUCUUUCCCCUCGGGGCGCCUCCUGGACAUCCACAUCUCUGAGUGGCAUGACUCGCUCUUCCAGAUCCUCGCAGAGAAACAGAACAUGUACAAGUGUUUAGUGGAAGGCUGCGUGGAGAAGUUCAAGAGCAGCAAGGACAGAAAGGAGCACCUGGUCACCGCUCACCUUUACCCUGCUGACUUCCGAUUUGAUAAACCCAAAAAAAUCAAAAGCAGCACCAAGCAGGAGAGACCUCCCGUGGAGCAGGACGCGGGGGCAGCAAUGGACGUGAGCGUGGGGGCUUCGGAGCAGUUUCAAGCAGAUUCCAUGGAAAUAGGCCCCAGUGAGGGCAUGGAGGUCCCUUUGCCCGCGCCCAACCCGCUCCCUGAGAAACGAUUCUACAGAUCCAGGAUCCCCUCCACGAUUUGCUUUGGGCAAGGAGCCACCCGAGGAUUUAAAGGCCCCAAGAAAAAAGCCUGAAGGUCAGCGCAGCACAUGGAUUUGCACAAGA